GUCGCUGCCGAAACGUCAAUCACGAUUUCGUUCUCAUUUUUGCAAAAAAGUCGCAAGUUUGUCCUGAGCCCUUCGGAGCAGGUUAAGCCAACUUUUUUCGACGAUAAAAAUGUCGUACAUCGCACGCAAAGGACCCGCCGUCUACUCUGCCCUCGGCAAAUGGGCCUACAACAUGGCCGGUUUCAACCAGUACGGUCUCCACCGUGAUGACUGUCUGUACGAGAACGACGACGUGAAGGAAGCGAUCCGUCGCCUGCCGGAAAAGCUGAAGGAUGAGCGCAAUUUCCGCAUCACGCGCGCCCUGCACCUCUCGAUGACGAAAACCAUCCUGCCGAAGGAACAGUGGACCAAGUACGAGGAGGACACCAAGUACCUUGAGCCCUACCUGCAGGAGGUGGUAAAGGAGCGCGAGGAAAAGGUGAAAUGGGAAUCGAACAAGUAAAUGUUGCGCUGUGCGGGGUUCGACGAAUACGCAAUGCUGCCGUGCGGAGAUAAUCUGUCCCGGGACACAUACGGACUCGCGGGCUGAUGGAACGUGAACAGCUCUGGGUGGGUGUAUAGGGCAGGGUUCCAGUCACGCUCACCCUUUUCAUCAGCACGGCAUUUGUGUAUUAUUUGUGCAAAACAAAACAAUUAGGAAUAAAUCAUGUAUCGUUGAAACCAAAACA